UAGGUAUUUUCUGGUCUGUAAUAUGAUGACAUCAACAGCUUAUCAAUAUUAACUCAUUUCUUAUAGCACUUAACGAAGAAGAUUGGCAGUUUUGUCAUGAAUUUACAGCUGCAUUCCGUCCUUUGCAUAUUAUGACAAAACGAUUGCAACAGAAUAAUCAGGCUUUUCCGGAGUUUUAUAUGCAAUGGGUUCUUGCAAUCCGAGAUCUGCGAAUUAUGCAAGAUAAUAGAUUCGCAAGACCACUGAUUGAUGCCCUCAACCAACGACUUGUGAGUCUCAAAGACAAUAUGAUUUUCAAAGCUUCUCUGUACUUAGAUCCAAGGUUUACAUACAUGAACUCUACGUUUUUUACUCCAGAUGAGAAGGAAGAAGUUCAGAAUUACAUAAUGUGCGUGUGGAAGCGGAUUGAAAAACUGAGGUCAAAAGAAGACUCUGCCACUACCGUUCAAACACAAAGCUUAAAUACUUCCAAUGAUAUUGACAAUUAUUUGACUGAAAUGUUUGGAGGAUCAAGCUCGUAUAUGGACAUAUCUCAAGACCCUAGCUCCAAAAUCAGACAGCAACUCAAAAUGCUGGAGGUUGAGCCGCGAAAAUUGCACGAUUAUGAUACCUGGAGUCAUUGGUUGCUGAAGAAAUCAACGCAUCCAGAAUUGACGAUAGUGGCGUUAGCUAUUUUAGCUACACCUUCUAACCAGGUUUCGGUUGAACGGGCAUUUAGUGCAUUAGGCUUGGUGCUAUCUGAUUUGAGAACAGGACUUGCUGAUGAGACUUUGGAAGAUAUUUUAUUACUAAAGCUCAAUGCGGACCUUUUUAAAAAAAUCUUUCCAUCGUUGUACGAUUGGGGAAAUUUGAGAAGUAAUGCGCUAUGAUUUUGAACCACUAAGCUAAGUUUAUUCCUAUUCUUCACAUUAUUAAGUUAUGAAUAAUAAUAAUAAAACAAUGAGCAGUUUUAUUUAAAAUUUAAUUUUAUUGAACUAAGAAAACCAAUGUACA